AUGAACUUCAACGAGGCGCUUACGAAAAUCGUCAUCGAAGUGGCCAGUGAAGGAGAGCGCGCUUCGGUUUGUGAAGACCGCCUGUUUCCUCAAGCAACAUCUUUCGUCCCCUCGUCCCCGUCGCCACCACCUCUCUCACGCCGAACCUUCCUCCAGCCCACCCCGUUGCUUUCAGUCGGAUCCCAUCGAGGCACCGUGAUGAACACUGAGAGGUUCAACCUUCGUCCUGAAGGCGAUACAAGAACACAUCCAGCCCUUUUGAGCAUUUCGUCUGAAUAUGAGCUCGCUAGCGACCACGAGCUUGCGUCCUCGCAGCCUGUUUCCCUGAUCCAGCUGUGUACGAAAACAGGCCAUUCAAGAAACAGAGCUAGCAGGAGAGCGAGGGCCCUGAAUAUGGACAGUGCAGAGCACCUGGUAGGAACCCAUGGUGUUCUGACCCAUGGCGGAGUGGACAGGCUCGAGCGCUUGCCUCUAACCCCCGUUGCGGACUACUCCAACCAUGCAAGUUAUGGAUUAAGCGACGAACCUAGGAACCUUACCACACAUCCACAAAUUGUACUAGAGGAGUACCAAUGGUUACCGGAUGGAAAUCACACUGUAAUUGCUCGCGAGCAGCUGCGGCACCUGAGCCUGAGCGACCACCAGACGCAGUCAAACCCCCUAAACUAUUCCAGUCGCUACAGUAAAUCGCAGGCCAGGGAAAGUGGCUACACUUCAGAGAGUCCGUUUUUGAAGAAAUCCGACUCCUGGGACCCUUCAUGUCUGGACCGCGCGACCUGUGUUAUCUUGCCAGGCAGACAAAACCCGGGGCCACAGCGGAGGGAACAUAUGCCAGCGUCGUUGCAGAUAUAUAGGGAUAACUACGAUCGCCCACACGAUAGGUCACCCUACGAGUCAUUCCGCUUGAAACAUCGCAAUAAUCGAACCGAUUUACCUGAGAUCAACUCGGGCUUGCAGUAUGGGUUUCCUGCUGAUGUGGAACAUGGAAUGCCCAUGAGAAACACGACCAUUCGGUCCGAACCACCUCUUGGAAAACAUUACCGUGAAGGGUUGUCGAGCUCUGGACUGGGCACGCCCGCAGUGGAAAUCCAAAAUUCUCACAAAUCGGAAGACUCAUCAUCGUCCGCAAUUGGGUCAAGAUUGUCAAGCGGCACCGACCUAUCUCAACGUACUCUGAAGGAGAAAAUAUACGCCAUGUUGGAAAAUAUAAACACCGAACCCAAAACAGGUCCCAAGUUAUGGUCGACUAAGGACAGUGCAGGCACAGAACGUGGGCUCCCUAGGGUGCAUGGGGAAGAACGGCUGGCUCCACGCCUUCAAGCUACUUCGCUGCCCUUCUAUGGACCAAGUGACAACGACACAGAAACUAGACAGAGGCCAACAGAGUCCCUGGACCUUGGGUCAGGAAAGGGGCUGAUUGCCUACCAAGAUGCGUUCGAUGCAACCAAUAUAUCACACAUAGGACCUGGGCCGACAAAUAUCGAGCUCGGUAUGCAAGCUGAUAGUGAGGUUGAAAGACCCUCGAAGACCUCGCCCGAGAGGAUAAUAAAGCCACCCCCAGGCUUUUACGACGCAGGAAUACCUACAUUCUUCAGAAAAGGAUCGGAAAGACUCCGAGAAGCCGACAAAUGGUUUCACCAAGACACCCGAGGAGAGCCACGGUUGCGUCGAUUUAUUUCAAACGUUGGUGAAAAUUUUGUUGAUAAAACCGAGCGCUUCGAAGGUCAGGUAUUUUCGGAAGAGGAUCGUAUCUUCGCCAAACGAACCAUCUCGGUCAUGGGGGAUCUUAUCGCUAGUCUUGAAACCUACAAAGCCAACGACCGCAAAAUUGGAAGGCAGCAUUUUGCAGAUUUCGGGCCUGUUGAAUCUCACUACUGCGAGCCGUCUUCUAAGCAGUGCAGCUAUUUUGAGGAGACGUGUGGAUUUAUCGCCGCUGAGGAUGAGAACGAUUUCACUUAA